AUGGAAACCUCGACUCUCAACGUUCUCCAACUUUCUUUCUCAUUUUUCCUGGUUUUUACAGCUUACAGUUCAGCAGCAUUCAUAUCUGAAGUGUUAUUGGAUCAAUAUGCGGAAAAAGGAGAGCUGUCCAAGCAUGCCGGCUAUCAUAGGUAGGGUAAUAAAUUGCUUUUGGUCGAUUUCUUGGUCAGUUUAGGUUAAUACUUCUGCGAAAGGUAUAUUAUCACUUGAAGACGAAUGUCAGCAAUUAAAAAAUUUUAAUUUUAGUCAAGCUAUCAUCUAUGUUGUGUUUACAUUUUCGAAUUUCUUCGCCGCACCCAUAUUGAACAAGAUUGGCACCAAAGCAUCGUUAAUUGUAGGUGCAUCGACGUACUUUAUGUUCUAUGCUGGGUUUCUUUUUAUGAAUGAGUAUCUGAUCUACAUUUUAUCAGGAGUUUUGGGCAUUGGAGCGGCAAGUAAGUAUUUGUAUUAUGUUAUUCGUCUUAUUAGGUGUAAUUUUCAGUAAGCAUUUUAAUUUUUAAAGAUUUUGGAUUAUAGGCUUUGGUUCUGAUAGUGUUUUAUGGUAAAAUAGGUUUGGAAAAUUGUUGUUAAAGCUACGAUAAAGGAAUAUUUGAUGUUUUGAGUAGUACAGUAUCAGGUUUUUUGGUAUACGUAACAUAACAUUGUUUUAGUCAUUUGGACAGCUCAAGGAAAGUAUUUGUCGUUAAAUUCGAAUGAAGCUAACUCUUCUAAGCAUUCUGGAUUGUCAUGGGCUAUUUUUCAAAUGUGGUAAGUUGCUAUCUUUGUUGAUAUGUAGGUUGUACUUUGGUACUAUAACAACAAUACAUAAAUUUGCCUAUUUUGCGGGGGAAACUAAAUAAUAUUUUUGUACAUAUCUAAAAAAUGAAGGACGACAUUGUUUUACAUAAAUUAUGCUUUUUUUAUGUUUGUUUUGAUGUUUAGUACCAAAGGUUUUGCAAAUAUUAACCUUAAUCCGAUAUUGCUUUAGUCUGAUCUGUGGUGGAAUAUUUCUGUUCAUAUUGUUUGAAGAGUCGGAUGUUGAUUUCAAAGAUGUCACCAAGAAUGUCAUGUUUUUACUGUUUGCUGGCAUCACCUUUUUGGGUAUUGUUAUCAUGGCUCUACUGCGGAAAGUAGAAGAUGUACUACACGUUACUGAUACGGUACCAGUACCGCAAGGUUUAACGACGAAUCAAAGCACGAUGGACAUAGCGAGCAGUGAUCAAGUCGUGGCUGAUCCUGAUGGGCAUGUUGAGAUCGUUGGCACUGGAGUUAACGAGAUCAGCGAUGAAGUUAUCAAUGAUAUGGCAUCGAAUGGGUCAGAUGUGGUGGAGCUUGGUCCUGGGGAUGAGAGUACUUUGUAUGAGAGGUUUGGUAAGUCUAUGUGGUUUGAGUGACUGAAGUUCAUUGUAUGGUAGUUCAUUUUUAUUUUUUUUUGGUUUUUUAAUAGUUGCACUGUGCAGUCAAUUAAAAUAAUGGCACCGUGCAGAUUUCCAAAAUUUGAAAAAUAUUUUUUGAAAAGUUUAAAAUUGAAAAAGACAAUUUUAAUGCGAAAAUUUUUUAGUCCAAACAAUUCGGCUAGCCAAGUCGUCACGUAUUCGAUUUCCAAUUAUAUUAUUCAUGUUCUCCGGCAUUACACAGUCGUUUUACGGUGGUAUCUACCCGUCGAUGAUUGGAUAUUCUGGUGGAUUUGGUCCAAAUCCAAAGAGGAAUUUGGCAUUGAAUAUGAUUUGUUAUGGCAUUGGACAGACUUUCGGUAGGAUUUUAAACUAAUUUUGUUUUUUUACGACAUUAACAUUGAUCUAGGUUAUAUUAUGACAAUUUUCGGAUAAUAAAAGUUAGCUUAAAGCCAAUACCAUAUCUUAUACUAUUAUAUGAAUUAGGGCAUGGUUUUGGCUUCUGGAUGCUAAUACUAAUGUAAUAUGUCCUGAUGCAUAAUUUCGUAUUUUAGGAGGACUUUUGUUUGGAAUCUGCUCUGAUAAAACAAAAAAAUUAGGAAGAGACAGGAUAGCCCUGAUUGGUACAAUAGUCGACUUUGUAGCAUUUUCUUUGAUUUUUGUCAAUUUUGCUGAAGAUUCACCGUAUCAAAAAACUCAUGCUGAUGGUAUCAUUACACCUAGGUAUGUUAUUUUUAAUCUUUCUUUAUAUUAGGCUUUAAAAUGCAUUGGAAAGAAAGUUAUUGCGUUUUGGUCAAGGCAUUUGGCUUCAAUAAAUUGCUUGAUGCAAGUUUUCUAAAUUUUAUACUAUAAACUCUUUGGCUCAUUCAUAUUCGAACAAUUUGGUGUUUUGCAUUAUAGGGCUUCUGAAAUGCUGCUGUAUUAGUGUUUUCUAUAAGAAGAGUUUACUGUAGAUAGUUACUUACAUUUUGCAAGUUAUUGCGCUUGUUUCAGCUUACCAUUGGCAUUAUUCUGUGGAUUCUUACUGGGAUGUGGAGAUUCGUUUUGGAACACUCAGAUAUACUCAUUGUUGAUCACAUCGUUCUCUGAUUGUUCAGCUGAGGCUUUUAGUAUUUUCAAGUUUUUCCAGGUAGCUUUUUUACAAUUCUUUUGUUUUUAAAAAAUUUUUUAGGUUAAAACAUGGUGUUUUGUUUAAGUCGAUCUAUGUGUUCCAUGAACUAUUUGACGGAUUUUUGAAAAAUUUUUAGAAAAUUUUUUUAUUUUUACAAGUUUUAAUAUUAAUAAUAAGUUAUAUUUCAUUUUAGUCCCUAAUCUGCGCCAUCGGCUUCUUCAUUGCCAAAUGGUUCACGGUAAAAGUGCAUUUACUGAUUUUGGUGAUCUCAGCAGUCAUAUCAACCGCCAGUUUCAUCCUGAUCGAGGCCUAUAUCAAACAAAAGUCUGAAAUCGAAGCAAUCGAAACAGAAGAAAUGAAUCCGAACGAAGGAGCCGUCUUGUAA